GUGGGGGUUGUAUACACCGGGGGGAUAUCACUACCUAAUUUCUCGUUAAGGGAAGUGGCGGCUCGUAGCGGAGAUUCUGGAACUAAAUUUCAGAAAUAACAAGUCUCACAAUUCCGUAAACCCGUUAUUUCUGACUUUCGAAAAGCUUAACCUGUAAAUGUAAUUGCGCAAAUAUUGAGCAACAAUUAGUGUCCCUAAAUUAAUAUAUUGUUUAGUUUAUGCGACAUGUCGAAAGUUCCCGAUUUUUUUGGCGUACUUAAGGGAGUGCAAAGUGUAGCUAGUGCUUUGAUAAAACAUCAGGAAGAUGCAAUCACAUAUAGAAUUACGCAUUCUAGUUUAAAGAACUUAUCUAAACAAUGCAUACAAACCACAGGAAAAAAGUUAAAUGACAUAGAACCAAGUAAGAUUCCUAAACAAACGGUUCAAAAUUUAAUUGAAGUAGCUGAACGUGUUAAUAUAGUCGAAGAAGGUAUUAAGCAAUAUGUGAAGGCAAAUGUUAGUCAAACUUUAAAUGUUAAAAAUAAUGCUUACAUUCCUAAGAAAGAAACAAGACUAUAUGUAUACAAUGUUGCAAAAGAUCCUAAGGAAAUAUCAGUUACUAAUGAUAUCACAUUAUCCAAACAUGAUAUUAACAAGCCUGUUGCUCAAAAAGCUUCCAAAGAUUUACAAAGUGAUAAUAUGGAAUGGAGAUAUAUGACAGUAAAGGAGAAGAUUCAGACAAUUACAAAUUCAAAUAAUCAGAUACCUGAUAUAGAGUUCUCUAAUAAGGAUAAGGAAAUCUUAAGAAAAUUGGAAUUGGAAUAUGAGAAAAAUAUCAAGCAUAAAGCCAUAGAUUCUGCUUCUUCGUCUACUAUUAAAACGCACAAGAAGGAACAUGUGCAUGCAGAAGUAAAACCUGAGGAAAGAUUAAAAUCUGGAUUACCCGUUAAGCCAAAACAAUCUUUAUCACCUACUGCUAGAGAGAGGAAAGUUCCUUCCACGAGAUUGCAAAGAAUGAUAAGCUUUGGUACCUUGGGUGUUGGUCUUGGUAUUGGCACAGUCGCCGAAUACACACGUAGGACACUGGGAAUAAAAGAGCAGAGCAUUGGGGAUACAGUUGACAGCAUGUUCCUCACUAAAGCCAAUGCAGAACGCAUUGUCUCAACAUUGUGCAAAGUGAGAGGCGCAGCUUUAAAAAUUGGCCAAAUGUUGAGCAUUCAGGACAAUAAUAUCAUAAGUCCCGAAUUGCAGAGAGUCUUCGAGAGAGUUAGACAAAGCGCUGAUUUUAUGCCAACGUGGCAAGUUGAGAAAGUAUUAGCGGGCGAACUUGGACGCGACUGGAGGAGUAAAUUAGCAACCUUCGAGACAAAACCAUUUGCAGCCGCUUCCAUUGGACAGGUGCAUCACGGUACAUUGUUGAAUAAGCAGGAUGUAGCAAUAAAGAUCCAAUAUCCGGGUGUGGCUAUGGGUAUCCAGAGCGACAUUGAGAACUUAGUGGGCAUAAUGAAGAUGUGGAAUAUGUUUCCGGAGGGAAUGUUCAUAGAUAAUGUAGUAGAAGUCGCGAAACGAGAACUCGCGUGGGAAGUAGACUAUGUUAGAGAAGCAGAAUGUACGAGGAAGUAUAAGGAAUUCGUGACACUUUAUCCCGAUUAUUAUGUACCUAAAGUAAUAGAUGAACUCUCAACGAAUCAAGUGUUCACGACGGAGAUGGUAGACGGCAUUCCUGUUGAUAAAUGCGUGGACAAGGACGUUAAGACUCGAGAACACAUAAGCGAAUUGUUAAUGCGCCUGAGCCUUCAGGAAUUAUUCGAGUUUCGAUACAUGCAAACCGAUCCAAAUUGGUCCAACUUUUUUUACAAUCUCAACACAAAACAGUUAGUCCUGUUGGAUUUCGGUGCGUGCAGGACUUAUGAAAAAAUAUUUAUGGACAAAUAUAUCGAGAUUAUCAAUGCCGCGAGUGAGGGGAAUCGUGAUAAGAUUUUAGAAUUGUCUAAAGAAAUUAAAUUUCUCACCGGAUAUGAAUCUAAGGUUAUGGAGCAGGCUCACGUGGAUGCGGUCAUGAUUCUUGGGCAAAUAUUUAGCAACAAUCACGAGUAUUACGAUUUUGGUGACCAGGAUGUCACGAAACGGAUCCAGGUUUUGGUGCCAACUAUAAUAACUCACAGAUUGUGUCCGCCACCCGAGGAAAUAUACAGCCUGCAUAGGAAAUUGUCGGGAAUAUUUUUGCUGUGUGCAAAGCUCCGAGCUAGAAUCAAGUGUCGAGACGUAUUUCGCGAGAUUUAUGCUAAUUACAAGUUUGGAUAAUGCCGAUAUUCUGAUGUAACAGGAUUAUAUAUAUAUGUCAGAGCUUAGCAAAAUCUUCCCUCUUCACCCAAUUUUCAGCCCGCCAUUCCUCUUACGUUUUCCUUCGUGCGCGCGUUUUCCUUUAAGCGGUAUCUCCGAAAAGAAAGAGAGAGAGAGAGAGAGAGAGAGAGAGAGAGAGAGAGAGAGAGAGAGCAUGUGACAUGAAGAUGUAUGAAUAAUACGUGAUAUACGAAUACCGUCUGCGUUUCACCGUGAAACGAAGGAGAUUCCUUUUGAAAUAUUGCAUUCAGAUUUCCGGUUGUAACCUAUAGGCUUACUUUCUUGAGGUAUCGCGUUAAAAUUCUGAGAUGUGCGUAGGUCUAACUCUUUUUAGGAUAGUUUAAAUUCGGACUCGUAGUCUGAUUUUCUCUUUUUAUUAUAUGUUAGCGUAAGUUAAUUCUGUGACUAGUUAUAGUAGAGCUUUUGAUUUUCAGAUCGGUACCACAUCUCCGACUUACGGCGACGAAACGUAAUGUACAAGUAUUUUCUCGCGUGUCGAUAUCGAAGAGUAUCCCAUUAAUAGAUAGAGUAACGAGUCGCGAUCUCACAUUCACAAAAUUGUAAUAACACUCUUGGAUAAAAAUUACACUGUCCGUUCGUUCGCAGACUAGAUAUAAAAAUUACUAGUUCGUACCGUAUUUCUACUUUGAUAUUAACGUAUUCGUCCUACAUCUUUUGAUUGUGACCGAUUAUUACAUCUAUUUUAACAAAAUAGCCGUCAAACAAUGAAAUGAUUGAGAGGUACUUUGUAAUAUCAUACCUUUUUUCUGCCGAGACAUUUGCACGAAUAUCAGCGAAUCGAGAAAGCAACAACCGAAUAAAUUUUAUUGAAAAAAUUAACUUAUUAAUAUAAGUCAUAUUACUAUUUUUAUUGUG